AUGAACUUUUGGGUUUUCCCAGCAACCCUGGAAGGCAAGCAUGGGACGGUCUCCAGCACCAUUCCGUUUCACGAAGAAAAGGAAGGGAGGAGAGAACAAAGUGAGGCGAAGAGAAUUCCGUCCGAGCAAGAGUGCCCGCGCGCAGUCAGCCAGGCACAAGUGAUACGGCUUCUUCAUCUGCAGAGCAAAAGUUGUGCGAUGAAGAACCUCUUGGUUCCUAUCAGCGCGAGGCUACGGAAUCAGGACGUUGACCCCCUGACUAUCCACAAGUGGCCGGGCCAGCGAAAAUCUAAUCCGAGGACCAGCUUCCUUCAGCCCAGCUUCUUAUCGCCUGCACGCCUUUAUGUUGUCACCCUAAUCGUCACCACGAAAGCCUGUGGCUCCGCGUGUCACACACACGGGGUCCUUGCUCAUCCUGGAUGGGAGCCUGGGCUUUGCAGCGCCUGGAGCCGCCGCGUCCCGGCCCAGCGGCUGGCCGAGAGGCCCAGAGCCCACGAAGACCGAAAGGAAGACGAGGCCGGCCCAGAAGUAGGAAGAGACGGGCUGCCGCGGCAGCCACGGAGUACAGCUCUCUGCGCAGCCCGGCCUCCAGCAACCGGUACCGGGUGCUGCUGCCAGCGUCGCCGCGCUGCCAAGGGAACCCGUCAGCGCCCCCUGUCCCCCUCCCCAGCGGAGCCCCGGGUUUGUUACUGGAGAUCCGCGCCCCCCCCCCCGCCCCCGGGCGCCUCGCUUCCUCCCCGCCCCCAGCAGCCCUGCGGGGAAAGCAGCGCCAGCACUCUGCCUCCGCACCCAGUGGCCGAUGGCGCAGUGGCGGCCCGGUCGCGCGGCCCCUCUCCUGCUCCGCCCCGGCGCAUCCGCGGCCGGCGCCCCCCACACCGAGCGCGGGCCGAGAGGGGUCGAGGCCACCGCCCCAAAUCUCCGGCCGCAAGUGACCACUCCCUUGCCUCGCCUGCUCUUGAAGGGAAGCUCGCAAGGCGGCCCCUGGUCACUCUACCCACCAAGCCUCCUCGCGGGUCGUGGCGAAUCCUCUGGCUCUGGAGACCCCAGCAGCCCUGCACCUGGGCCUGAAAAACCCUCCUCCAGCGAGGGAGGGCCCUGUCGCCCCGGGCCAUAAAUGUUAAUAAACUGCGCGGCUCAGGGCUUGAUGACCUACCUACCUUUAAUGGCAACUCAGCUAAACAACAACAACAACAAAAACAACAACAAAAACGCCUUGUGCCCCUGCGGUCUCCGUGAAUCGGGGUCGUUUGGUGUAUGUAUCAUACACCUUCCCCCGGGUCGGAGAUGUCUUAUGCAUUCAGCCGCCCAAGCUGGAAACCAUAUGCUGCGCCUCUGCGCUCAGAGAUUCGAGGUGGCGUCGGCGCGCGCUCUCCCGCCUCUAUUUCCCCGGUCCCCGCCGCUAGAGCAAGAGGCUAAGGAUGUGUUGGUAAUAAUAGGCGGCCCCUGGAGAAAGUGCUGUUCGCCCCGGGUUUGACCCGAAGGCACCUGCGGCGGCUGCCCGGGCCCUGGGUGACGCCUGCGGGUCAAGGAAGUUCCUGGGCGUCGCUGCACAGGGAAAACGGCCGUGGCGGCUCCACCGCGGCCAGGGUAGUUCGGCCUGCAGGCCCGGCUAACUCGGUGCCCGGCAACAUUGUGGGGGGCUCCUCCCGGUGUGCCUAAGGGGCUGCGCGCCGGCGAGAAAGGGCGCCCGGCCGCUCUGGGGUGGCCACUCACCGCGACCCACCCCCAGGCCGUAGGUUGGGGUCGAGGUCGUGGCUGCUGACACCCCCUGCCACACCACAGCUUUUCCUAAAGCCAUGCCGAAGCUGAGAACCGAGAGAUCCAUGCCAGGGAGGCCCUGCCGCGCGCUGUCAGCGCAUGUGGUCCGGGCCUUUCCCAGCGGAGCGGGCUGGCCCUUCAGACUCCGGCAAUGGCCUGAUUGGCCACGCCUGGGGCCUUGGAUAGCGCCGGCCCCGCACCCGUCCGCUGCUGCACCGCGCGUCCCAGAGGCUUGCUGGGCCGGGUGAGGCCUUCCUAACCCAGCCAGACAGACUCAGGAAAGCCUGGCCGCGCUCAGGCUGGGUGAGCGCGGGAUGGCCCUGCUUCCCGUACGCAGACCUGGCCACAGGGACGUCCAAGGCACCACGGUAGGCCAGGAUGAGCUGCCGAAUUAUUUCUUGCCCGUUUAUUUCAGUUCGAGGUGUUGUGUGCCCACAAGAGCUGCCCAAGGCAGAGGAGAGGUGCUGUGCACUCCCUGGGAAUAUUUUGCUGAUUUAAAAAAAUCUGCACAUUCCCAUUUGCAUUGCAUCAAGAUAAAAGCUCAAAAUGCAAAACAAAGAUUUAGGUAGGACAGCCACAGUGGUUAAGUGAGCACUCAUUCUAUUUCAGUUUAAAAUUCUGACCAAUGCUGAGGCCCAGUUAAAAGAAAUCUCUACAACCUGAGGCGCCAGGGAUCAGAUUGUGCCGCUCACUGAGGUGCAAGAAUGCAAACAUCCACGGACAUGACCAAAAACAGUCCCCUAGCGUACUUCAAGACUGAAGAUUUUGAAGCCUGCGAUCUUGUAGCUACUUUUGCAGGCCUCUCUCAGAGGCAAGAUCAGCUGACCAGUUUCCUGUUUUAUUAUCCUAAGCUCCAGGGGCUGGCAGCAAGUUGUUUAGUGAUGCCCAGUGUUGGGGGUGGGUAAUUUUGGUGAUCAGGCAAGAGAUAAGCACAAUCAGCACUUUGCAUCUUCCCUCUGGAUUCCCACCCUCCAGCCCUGGGGCACCUGGAUAGGACAGCACUCAGAGCUAGGGAAAAGGUGGUGCAUGAACACAGGGCACGGGCAGCAAGACACAGCGGGGAGGCUGGGUAUUGUUCUAUCCUUGUAUCAACAGGUGUUCAGUGCAAGGGCCCAGAGCUACAUGUGGGUGAGGUGGGGUUCUCCAUCGCUAAAGGGAC